AUGCCAACAGUAUACACGUCUGAUGAAGAAAAUGCUGAUGAUUUAGAAAAUAAGAGGAAUAAAAAAAAAAAAAAAAAAAAAAAAAAAAAUUUAUAUUCUGCAAUAAACGAAUUAAACUAUUCCAAUGAAGACGACAAUUUAGAGACUAAUUUAAAAAGAGAAAAAAAAAAAAAAAAAAAUAUCAUUCAUAUUAAUCAAGAUGAAGUAAACAAUAAAAUUGAUAUAGUCACACCGGAAAAUGUGCAGACUGAAAUUGACAAUAGAAAUGGGGCACCUAACAAUGCUGCAAUAAGAAAUGCCACCCCUAACAAUGCAGCAAUAAGAAAUGGCGGCCCUAACAAUACAGCAAUAAGAAAUGGCACUGAGUCUGAACUCUCAAACCAGGAAUCACAAAAUGAUGCGACUUUGGAAAGUAGUACUACAACUAACACAAGUGGUUCAAAUAUAUUUUUAAAAGUAUUUGAUAAAUUAAAAAAAAAAAUUAUUGAAGAAAAGGGACAACCUAUACCUAGUUAUAUCAUAAAUGAACAAGACAUGUGUGAAUUAAAUACAGUAAGAAAUUCAAUGUCACAAAAUGAUGACAUUAAUAAUGGAAAUAAUUUCCAAUCAGGUGAAAGAAUCCAAACUUCGAACUUUGGCACUUCCAACCCGUCUCAGGAAAUUGAAAUGGGUUGCUUACAAGGACUUAAUCCCAAUGAUGUUAUGAAUGAUAAUAUUUUUACUAACAAUAGAAAUACACAAAUGAAUAUUGAAUUAGAAAAUGCAAACAGUUUAGCUCAUCGAGAUCCACCAACUAGCCAAAAUGAACGAGGCCAAAAUGAGCAAGAUGAAAAUAGUGAAAAUGACAUACUUCCAAUAAAAAUUUACAACGAAUUUUUAAAUAAAUCCAAGACAUAUAUUAAUACAAUGAAAGAUAAAAUUAUAAAGUAUUGGCAAAAAAAAGUUGAAGAAGCAAACCAACAAUUAACAACACAAAAUCAAGUAUCUACACAAACAGAAAAUGAAAAUAUUGUAGAGGACGAAUAUGACGAUCCAAGUGCAAUACAAGUAUUAUUAUUGUUAGGAUUAAUUUGUAAAUUUCCAAUUUUAUGGUUUAUAGGAUCAUUAAUUUUAUGUGUUACACCACCAAGUCAUACUAAAACAAAAAGAUGGUGUUUAAUUAGUUUUUGUUUUUGUAUAGUAACAAUUAUUUAUUAUAUUACUACUACAAAUUUUAAUUCAUAUCAACCAGGAUUUUUUACAAUUAUCGAACAAAAUAAAGAAUAUCAAAAUAUUUAUAAACCUGGAAUUAUUAAAUUUACUACUAAUCAACCUAAUAAUAUAACAAUUUCAAAUUUUAUAAUUUUAAAUAAAUAUUCCAAAUAUGAUUGGAUAGAUAGUACUAACAAUAAGUUACUACCUUCCAUGGAUAAUCAUUUUUUAGAUUGGCCCUACAUUUUAGAAACAAAACCAAGCUCAAACAUCAUUCUGAGCAGCAAUUUAUACACUUUUUUAAAUCGGGUUCAAGUAACAAUUCUCUUUGGAAAGGGAAACAUUUAUUCCAGUAAAAAUAUCGAACUAAUAAAAUCGGAUAUUAAUACUUUACCAGAUACUCAAAAUAGUAUAAACUUUAUAAAAUUCGACAACAUCACACUUACGGAUCAAAGCAUACCGAACGACUUUUUUGGUGCAGGCCUUCGAUGUGAGGUACAUGACAAAACAGGGGAAGAAAAACCAACUGAAAAUAAUCAUAAAGAAAGAUGGUAUCUUUUUUGGAAACAAUAUGAUGAUAUACAUAAUAAAAAAUCAAACAAUUCAAUAUAUAAUUUAUCUGUUCCUGUUGGUGAAAUAUUUUUUUUUAAAACCGAACAUACAUGUAGACUUGCUUAUAUUUUUCCAAAAAAUGUUAAUCUUAAUAAUACAGAUAUUCCAAACAAUUUUGUUGAAAUAGAAAAAGUCAUAAUAAAAGCUAAUUGA